AUGGCGGAUGCAUGUGAGUGCUGGUAUUUUCUGAUAAUAUCGAUAUUGCUGCUGUCGUUAUUAUUCUCAUUCGUUCAUAUUAAUACCAAAGUUGAAUAUUUCAUUAAAGUUACACUGUUAUAUUUAACGAUACUUGUGGAUGCGAUAUUGUGCUGCCUUGUGUGUACACCAGCACAUUUCUUCGGGGAUCCUCCAAAAUUAAUAUUUAAUACAUUUCGAGUAUUUUCUUCGUGGACUGGUAUAAAAUGUGAUGUUCGAAAUAUUGAUAAUUAUACUAAAGUGGAUAGACCUUAUAUUGUGAUUGCUAAUCACCAGAGUUCGGUUGAUAUAGUAGUGUUAUCGCACGUAUGGCCACCGUAUUGUUCGAUCAUGAUGAAGAAGUCAUUAUGUUGGAUACCGUUUUUUAAUUAUGCGGCAUAUCUGGCUAACACAAUAUUCGUGGACCGUCAAAAUCACGAUAAAGCAUCGCAGUCAAUAGACGAGUGUGUGAAUGCGAUAAAACAUAAGAACUUGUCUUUAUUUGUAUUCCCCGAAGGAACGCGAAACCAUGAGCGCGGCUUACUGCCGUUCAAGAAGGGUGCUUUUAAUAUCGCUGUUAAGGCUGCAAUUCCAAUCAUUCCAAUCGUAAUAUCUUCUUAUAAACCGUUUUAUGAUAAAGAAAAAAGGUAUUUCAACAGCAGUGGUUAUGUUAUUGCUGAAGUUAUGGAGCCGAUUUCAACGAAGGAUUUGAAACUCGAAGAUGUGCCUGAAUUGACAGAAAAAGUUCGAAGUGCAAUGAUAGAAACGUAUGAUCGGAUCAGUAAAGAAGCUGAAUUGAAAUAUAAUCAGCAAUUAAAUCAUGAUAAAAGUGAUUAAUUAAGAUAAUAAUUGGUUGUUUGUGUGAUACUGCAACUGUAACAUUG